ACAGGACAUCGUGGGGGGUCGUUUCGACGCCACCCAGGCCUUCGUUGGCGAGCUGAGCCAGUUCAACAUGUGGGACCGGGUCCUCCGGCCUGUGGACAUCAUGGGAAUGGCAAACUGCUCCUCCUACAUGCCCGGAAACGUUGUUCCCUGGAUCGACACCAAUGUAGAAGUCAUGGGAGGAGCAUCCAAGGCGGCGUUGGAGAUCUGUGAGGACCGUAUGUUCGAACCAUAAAGCAGUUGGAUGUGUAA